AUGUCACAAUCUAGCGAUAUAACAUAAAUGAGUGAUAAUAACUCACCAGCUUAGAAGUCUUCUUUACAACCUGAUGUUGCUAAUAUGCUUAAAGCUCAAAAAGAUGAUGUUCCCAUAGGUAAGAAGCAUCAAGCAAUACUCCCUCCCACCCUUCUAAGCAGAAAAUAGAUUGAAUUAAAAAAAUCGAAUUUAUCACAUUAUAAGAUAUGGAAUUCUACUUCUAAUGAAGAUAUGUAAAGGAUUAAUGAAAUAUACAAAUAAUUCCGUAGGAAAUUUGGAAGAAAUGCUUAACAUCUAGACGAGUUCUUUACUUUAUUAAGUCGAACAAAUUAAGAUCUAGAGUUAGUUAAAUAGUUAAUCUUAUUUGAAGAUAAAUUUCUCUAAAAAUACAUCUAAACGAGAAGUUCUUAAUUAAAAUGUGAUUGA